AUGCCAAUUAGUGAUAAGGUCUGGAUUGCGCUGGUGAGCAAAUAUUCCGAAAAGACAGUCGUCAUAUCGCAAGGACUAACCCUUCCCGGAUGCCCUGCCCUUGUCCUUCGACUUUGGACCGAAGGAUUGCCUCUCCGAAAGAGAAUGAAAGACCUAGCUAGUUUCGACGACUGCUGCCUCGCUCCAUGGCUCGUGGCUGACAAUCUCGUUCUUGAAAGCGCCAUAAUCAACUAUCUCAGACUGGGCCUUCAGAUCUACCUCAUAUCGGGGUUCAGCGAAACCCGGCCGAGCCAUCCGAUCAGUUCUUGUUCAGUCUUCUUACCAGACUAUCAAAUGACUAGACGAAAGAGAUCUUCGGCUUCCAGAGACCGUCUCCAGCGUCCUGACUGUCCCAAGAGGCUGGUUAGCGCUGCUGGAUUACAGACAGCUACAUCAGCAGUUAGCGGAACCUCUCCGCAAAUGUGGAGUUCGGAUGAAAUUUCAGGGAGCAUUUCUCCAGCAUUUGCCCUCAGCACACCUGAUCAGGAGAUCUCAUGGAACAUUCGAUGGAAGGUCCACAAGCACGACCGGGGUCUCCUUUGGUCUAAGCUUUUUAGUGCUGUUUCGAGUGCCCUGCCAGGGCCGGAAAAACUGAACGGUACCCGAAACUGCCCCACCACAAGACUGCGAAAUCCAAACCCCAAGAUUGGACCAAGCCGGGACAACACAACAGAAGCCAUAGAACAAGACUCCACAAGACCUUCCUUGACGUGGGGCCGCAUAUUCUAUCGCCCUGUUAUUUCCAUGUACUGUCGGAUGGCAAAUUAG